CCAGCUCUCCCACGCAGAUCUGCAGCAGAGAUGGCGGUAGUAGCGAAAGCUGAUAUUGUGUCCCAAAACACCAUAAAGCCGUCAUCUCCAACCCCAUCUCACCUUCAACACUUCAAACUCUCUCUACUCGAUCAGUUAGCCCCUCCCUUUUACGUUCCCAUUGUCCUCUUCUAUUCUCCCCCUGAUCAUGAUUUCAGCAAAAUAUCUGAUAAGUUGAAGGCUUCUUUAUCACAAGUUCUCACUCUUUAUUACCCAUUUUGUGGAAGAUCCAAAGGAAAUAAAAGCAAUGCCUACGUGGAUUGCAACGAUGAAGGUGCUCUGUAUCUUGAGGCUAGAACUUCACUCACGCUCUCGGAUUUUCUCCAGAGUAAUAAUCAUAAUCCACAACCCAGUGAGAUUAAAAUGUUCCUUCCAUUAGAUCCUUACAACCCACAGCUAGAGAAUGAGGAAUAUCCUUUUAUAAUGGAAGUCCAGGUUACUGAGUUUAGCUGUGGAAGUGUAGCGAUCGGCGUGUGUAUUUCGCACAAGGUUUGUGAUGGGGCAACCAUAGCUUCAUUCCUUCAAGCUUGGUCUGAAAAAGCAGUGGCAGAUGGAAAUGACUUUUGCAAUUCUCCUCCUAAUAUGGAUGCUUCAUUUCUUUUCCCAGCAAGAGAUAUAGAGAUGAACAUAGCGAGUGGUAUGAUUAGGGAGAAGAACAUUUCCACUAGAAGAUUUUUGUUUAGCGGAAAAAGCUUGAGUGAACUCAAAGAUAAAUUAGUUUCUGGUGGAUGUAACUGUGAACCUACCAGAGUUGAAGCCGUGACUGCUCUCAUAUGGAAAUCUGCCAUGAAAGUUGCAGGAGGAGCUCAUCAAUCCAUGGUGUCACAUGCAAUCAAUAUUCGUAGCCGCAUGGCACCACCGUUGCCGGAAAACUCCGUCGGUAAUCUGUGGCAACAAGCUAUUUCCGCAUUGGUGGGAAGGGAGGUAGAACUGAGAGAUUUGGCGGAGGUGGUGAGGAAAACCAUAAAGAGAAUGGAUAGAGAAUAUGUGAGGAAGCUACAAGGAGGCAGUAGUGAAGGGGUUGGUGAGAUUGUUAAAUCAUUGAAAGAAGUGAUGUAUUUGGUGGGGGAAGAGGGUGUUCCUUGUUAUAGCUUUAGCAGCUGGAUAAGGUUUGGUCUGUAUGAAACAAACUUCGGAUGGGGGAAGCCAACCUGGACAUGUACCAUUGGAGUUCCCAUAAAGAACGUCAUCAUUUUAAUGCCCACAAAAUAUGGGGAUGGAUCAAUAGAGGCAUGGGUCACCUUGGAUGACCUUCAUAUGCCUCAAUUUCAGCACUGCCCAGAGCUUCUUCAGUUUGCUUCUUUUGAUCUAUAAUUUUUUUUUUUUUUUUGGUGUGCUCAUCCUGCUGAGACUACCAGCUACUAUAUGUUUGCUAACUAAUUUGGUGUGAGGAGUGAAACCAGCAUUUGAAUAUAAAUUAUAUGAUGUUGCUUUUGGGUUUAUAUGAAUUGCUGGAAGUGAAUGAUUCAAACAUAAAUGGAAUCUUUAUAAUUGUAUUGAUGUUA